UGGUGCCCAAACAAGAACUACACGCUCUGCAGUCUCCACCUGAUUCUGAAUACGACUCCGAGGCCUGCCCUCUGCGCGGCCUUCGCAAACUUGAGGGGCGUUGUCCCCGGCCCCCAGUCGUCUCCGUAUUUUGAUUUUUCAAGAAUCCAAACAAGUCAUCAUACUGUCACCUGAUAAUGAUGUUUUAAAAUGUGACAGCAGGUUUCCGUUGGGAGGAGGCUAUGCCUCUCCUAUUUCCGCCCUACGGGUCACCUUAUCACAACCCACUUUAAGAUCAGGGGUUGAGCUUGCUCACGUCAUGCUCUGCUACAACGGUCGGGUGGUCCCACCUUGCGUGGACACAGUCACGAAGCGCUACGCUCCAUCUCAUCUCAACUGUCAUGGACUGACUUGUAGAUUAGUAAACCCCUUUUACCAAAUUUGUACCAUAACCCAUUUCUUCUUUCCUAAUCUCUGGAAGAUGCGGCCCAGAGGUGUAUCAUUAGCCCGUGGGCUUUCAUUUUACGAGCCUAUUGCCUGGGUGGCCCAUUGCCAGGUGCAAAGGCUGAAGGCCUCACAUACUGCCACCUAAUGGAGGAAUUGAUAGCACGUGUCAAUUGAAGUGCAACGUGUCGAGAAGGUAGGCUGUAAAGCGCGGAUGAGUUGUAAAGUCGAAUUAGAGAUAGUUGCCACGUGUAGCUUUUUUUUAUCCAAGAGCGUCGUCGUUCUCAUCUUGCUUCUUCUAUAUAUAAAUGUGAGUCCAAAUUUCGUUCAUGCAAUGAUGCAUCGCGCAAUCAGGUCAGUUGGAGCCCCGCAACCAGCUUUGUGGUCUUCGCAUCUGCCUUCCAAAGUCGGUCGGCGAACCUGUGGUGUUAGAUUCCGGCAAUCUGAACCGGAGAACCAGGACGACAUGGAGAAGAUCAAAAUCCAGAAAAAAGAGAAAUUAAGUUCUGUGGAAAGGGACGAGAUGUCUACUUCGUUCGGAGUGGCAUACGCCACGAGAUCAGAUGAAGAAGGAUUUGGGGGAAUAUAUGGAGGGAACCAAUCUCUUGGCGAAUGUGAGAAGGAGACUGCCCAAGAAAAUCACAAUGAUUACGAGAGGACGCAAGGCAGUGAUGUCAAAGAGAAGGAAAAAGCUCGACAUCAGAAGGAAAAAGCGCCACAUCACUCCAAUGCCGAAUAGAUACAAACUCUUUUUUAGGGAGAGAAAAAAAAAAAUUAACGAGUGCAUGUGUGUAUUGAAGUCUCUGUGUAUGUAAGGUUUGCAUGUUUGUGAUCUAUUAAUACAGUGGCCAUCUUCAAUCGCUUCUAGUUA